AUGCUCAUCGUGACGCUGCCGGUUGACGGGCACAGCAGCAGCGGCGGCACCGCCGGCACAGAGGCCAGUGUGGUGGCAGCAGUAGCAACAGAGGAUGGAGGAGAGACCUUAGUGCCAGUCGGCGCGCCACUGUGGCGCGUCGUCAGCCGCGGUGACUUCUUUGCGGUGCUUCCCCGUGUUGACGAGCGUCCCGGGGUGGACGGACGAAUCGCUGAUAAAGUCGAGACGUUCAUUGACCCCCCACUCGACGCGGACGUCUGGUGCUGGAGCGAUGUGGCACUAAGGCGGCUCAUUGUGGCGUGUGCAGCCCCGACGGCUGUUGAGUUGCGCAGACGCAGCAUGGCGUGUUCCUUCGUGUAG